UUAACAUGAACCAAUUUUAACCUGAGAUCCUCCACCUCAAACAGCCAGCAUCAAACCAAUUCUAGAACUGCAGAACAACAUCACACCUCUGAUUCUUUACACUUCAGUCUAUGGUUCUCUUUACUCUUGUGAACACAUCAAACUCUCUUGCAAGUUUCUUUAUCCGAGCAGCUCACACGAUCUUAUAACUCAUGAGAUGAGAGAGAUUAACUUACUGAACCAUCUGAUUUCACAAAACCAGAAACCAUCCGCUCUGAUGACAUCUUCCUCCGCGAUAUUCCUUUCCUCCGUCUCCGACGUUCUCGUCUACCACGAGCCAACGUCUCACCUUCUUUCUUUUGCUCUUAACAUUGCAAAUCUUGCAACAUCUAAUGAUUCUUCACUCUCGCAACAACGAUGCGAUCGAAACUUCAACUCCUCCGAUCCUUCUUCGAUUCUCCUUCAGAACCGAUCUUGAUCCGUUUCCGAUGAAUCCUUGAAUCGCCUAAACCGAGGCUCUGAUACCACUUGUUGAGGAUUCAUCCUAUGAUCUUGGCUCAAUUCAAUAAUCACCUUAAGCCUAACUGGAUCAAAUCAAUCACAGAAUCAAGCAAGAAAGAAAUAAGAACACACGAGACUUUGUUUACCCGGUGUUCACCGCACUUCUCCGAUGUGGAGAAGCCGCUAUACAUCACCGGGGAGAGAAACGGUCUCUCAGCCAAUCCACUAUAAACGUUGUGAUUACAGUGUACAUCACCGGAGGUUUCUCUCCUCUUCUUCCCCUCUCUUGAUUACAUCCAAUCCGAGUUACAACAAGUAUAAUAGAGGAAGAAGAUCAAGCUCUGAGCUUAGAUAAACCGAGAAUCUCAUCUCUCUCUAGCUCACUCUCAUCUCUCGCUCUCUCAUCUCAUCUUGAGCUCUCGCUCUCUGUUUCUGUAACUAACUCUCCGUCGGAGAAGAUGACGAUGAUAUACCCAGAAGAUGAUGAUUCCUAUUGCCCCAACUCACGUGCUUCUCACGUGUAUGUUAUUAGCUUUGGCAAACCUUCUACUGGACCAAGAGUCUUUCCUUCACUCAGCAUAUUCAAACCUUCUGUUUGACUUAGAAGCAUAGAAGAUUGAUGACAUAAUUCUACACCUCUCUUUUUAGUCGAGUUACGUCAGUACUUCUCUAGACAAAUACUCAAAUCACAAAAGUAAAGGUCUAGUCAUGACUCCUCCCACCUGAGGGCAAAGUCUUGAGGCUGAGCCACACACGUGCUACAAUGAAAAUUACAAUGGGAAGCAAGGGUUGUAAGGUGGAGUGAAUCCGGAAAGAUUGCCUCAGUUCGGAUUGUUCUCUGUAACUCGGGAACAUGAAGUUGGAAUCGCUAGUAAUCGCGGAUCAGCAUGGAUUUUACAAGUUAGCUAGAUUUAACAAAUUUUAUCAAUUAUUUUUACACAUAUUUUUAUUAUUUUAUUGAGUUCUAUUGAUUGUUAUUAACUUUUAAAAUAAAAAAUUAAUGGUGGUAGAAAAAAGGGAAAGAAAAUCAUUUCUAUUAUUUUCUUAUAAUCAAAUUUUCAUAAAGUCCAAAUUUCUGAGUUUUUAAGAUUUUUAUGUACCUUCUUAUUUUUUGAGUACUAAUAAAAACAUGUUAAUGAUGGCAUGUUUUUUUGUUACACAUCUCAUAUAGUUUUGUACCUUUUUAAAUUUAUUAACAAAUAUAUAUAUUAUGUUAUUAGUCGCUAAAUCGUAGUUUAUGCUCUGUCUGUUUAUAUAGUGUUGUAAAACAAAUUGUAUUAGAGUCAUCCAUGUAAAACUACAGAAAAGUAGUCUUUGUAGACUAUGUUAAAGUUGUGAUUUAUAUUAUUUCAUAGAUUUCAAAAAUCUUAUUGGUAUAGAUAAUAUUCUCAAAGUUGAGUCUUAUGAUUAAAACAAAAAAAAAAUUACAUUCCAAUAACAAUAGAGUUUAGUAGGAUCUUAAAAUCAAUGAAAGCGAACUUUUCCAAUAACAAAAGAUUUUGAAUGAAAUUAAAAAGUCUUCACCCCACAAAACCAAUAACAAUGAAAUCUCAAAAUUUAAUAAUUCUUCUAGAAUUCUUCUACCAAUAAACCCCUAUGAGUUAAACAAAUUUGAAUGAUCUAAGCCAGGCUCCAAUUUAAUCAGAAUUCUGUAUGCAGAUAUGUUCAAGAAUAUUUCUUUAUAGUUAGGUUAAUAAGAAAAAAUGGCUUUCAACUUAAUUUCGUUUACAAGUUUUUUUUAGUAAGAGUAUAUUCAUGAUGGAGAAUGAGUUUCUAAAAAGAAAUUCGAGGUUUUUAAAUGAAAAAGUUACCAUUUUAUCCUUUUAGAUAUUAUUUUAUUUUAAAAUAUUCUAAUUUUUUCAAAAAAAAUCGUUCUCCAUUUGCUAUUCGUGAUAGAUUCAACAUUUUUAAUUUAAUUAUAUUUAAAUAAUAAAUUAUUGAUCAAACACUAAAAAAUAUCAGAACCUAUAUACGUGAUACUUGUAAAAUCAUAAAGUUUCUCAUAAAAGAAUUGCAUAAUAUCCAUAGAUUUGGAUGAGACGUAGUCAAUGACCAAAGUAUUUUGUAAGAAAUGUUCAAUAAGUGUGAUUGGUCAAAAGUAAAAUUUACAACAAUUGAGUUGAAAAACUUUCAAAGAUUAAGACAACAGGUUGUUCAUUACUCCUAAUUAUUAUGGGUUAAGACGCAGCCAUGUGGUGAACAAAUAGCAAACUAUUCUUUCUCUUUUUACAAAAGAAUACUGUGUGUUAUCCACGCUUCUUUAACAUUUUAGCCCAAAAAAAAAGGGUUAAAAACGAAUACUGUUGAAUGAAAUAAGAAAUAUCCAAGAUAAAAUCUGAAAAUAUCAUUCUCGCAACAGUUUUUCAAAUCAUAAGGUAAGAUUCUUACACAUCUAAUAAGAAGCAAUUUAUAAUCUAACUAAAAGGUAUUCAGAAAGCAUUUCUAAUCAAAUUAUAAACGGAGUGUUCCAAAAAAAAAAGAAAAAAAAAUCAAAUUAUAAACGGUAUUUUUUCUACAACUUUAUGUCUAAAAUAAUUAAUGAUGCCUUAAGAAACGGGUAUUGAGAGAAAAUCAAGUUAGUUGCAUAACAGAAAAGAUCCUCAUUCUUCUGUGUUUAUUCACCUUCUUUUCUCUCUUUUCUCACAUUAUCUCUUUGUACAUUCUCGUCGUUUUCUUGUGCAUUCACCUUUGUCUGCUUAACCUUUUCCCAUUGGUUCGGUACUGAAACCCUAAUUAAGCUUAUUUAUUUGUUUAUUUAUUCUACGUCGUUUCUCUUCACUCCAAGAACACAUGGACGACGAGAGCCGAAGAGGUAACUUGAGGAGAAGAGCUCGACAGAUCAACGGGGAAGACGUCGACCGGCCAACGAAUAGACGUCGUCAAAAUGAACUUCAAAACGACGGCGUACAAGCUGGUGAUCACGUCGAACCCCUUCCCCUUGAACUAAGCUUGGGCUCAACAUCACACUCCUCUCAGAUCCCGCCUAUGACCACGUCGUCGCUUCCUCUAGCACCACCAUCACCUUUUGCUCUUCCUCUGACGACGUCGUCGCUUCCUCUUGCACCAGCAUCGCCUUUUGCUCCGCCUAUGAUGACGUGGCAGACAUCUGGUUCUAUAGCGCAGUACUUUGCUUCGUCACAGUCUCAUUAUAUGACGUAUCCGCCCUAUUUGAGCAACUCUAUCUACCAGACAAGACCGUCAACACCGAUGCAGCCACCGUUCGGACAGUCGUUUAACCUCUUCCCAUCGUCAUCUUUCGUUCCGACAAGACCAGUUAUGAGACCAGCAGCUUCCGGGGCUGUGUCACGUCGUAGCUACAGAUCGCAGUCCAGCGUUAACCGUAAUGACGAUACGAUCCCGCCGCCGUUUCCAUGGGCGACGAAUAAACGAGGGUGGAUACAAAGCUUGGAGAAUCUCGCGUCGAAGCAGAUCACCACCAUCACCGGAGAGGUGCAAUGCAAACACUGCGAGAAAGUGUAUCAAGUGAGUUACAAUCUAAGGGAGAAAUUCUCGGAGGUUGAGAAUAUUUUCGUGAUGGGCAAAUGGAUUAUGAGAGAACGAGCUCCUCCGAUAUGGACAAAUCCAGAACCGGCGAGAUGCGAUCUCUGUGGCCGUGACAAGGCGGUGAAGCCGGUGAUAGCUGAACGGAAGUAUCAGAUUAAUUGGUUGUUUUUGCUUUUGGGACAAACGUUAGGUUUUUGUACGUUGGAGCAGCUCAAGAAUUUCUGUAAGCAUUCAAGGAGUCACCGGACCGGAGCUAAGAACCGUGUUCUUUAUUUGACGUACCUUGGUCUUUGCAAGAUGCUCGAGCCUAACCGUGAGCUCUUUCAACGUGAAACCGCCAGGCGGUGAGUAAGAUCGUUUGAAGAUCUUAGCAAACAAAAAAAGAUCGUUUGAAGAUAUUUGCUAGGGUUUUAGAUGAUUUGGAUGGUUGCAUUUAGGUGGGUUUUAUUUGAAUAAUUGGGGUGAAAAAUGCAUAUGUUUCGCAUGUAUUAUUAUCCCUUUGUCGUUUCUUGGUCUUGUGUUUAUUUGGACUUUGAAUUAAUAUCUUAUUAAUAUAUAAAGUCUAAAAUUGCAUGGAGUACGUUUGAAAUUUUGGCUUAUCUCAAAAUUUUAAAAUUAAAAUAGCGCUUAAUUUAAAUUUUGUUUCUAUGUGAUUUGAAUUAGGAGACGAAGAUAUUCAGAAACCGGAAUCUUUUCAAAUCGAUAAGUCUAACGACUUUUCCUUUAUAGAUCGCAAGUUAAUCUUUUUGUUUUUUUUUGCCAACUGGAUUUUAUUAAAAAAACUAAAUCCAAAACAGGACAAAGCCCAACACAAGACAAGUAAGAAAAAGGCCUGAACAACAGCCCAACACAAGACAAGUAAGAAAAAUGCCUGAACAACAGCCCAAUUUUACAUAAACUCUCUGGACAGUAAGUCUAAAAGAGGAAAACCCAAGAGAAGGUAAACGUGACUCGCCACCACAUGUUUCGAUCACCCGACAACCUGAAGACACGCGUCAAAACGAGGAACAACACACCUUCGUCGGAGAAGAGUCGCGCAGGUGCGCCACCGUCAAUUGAAACAGACCGGUGAAAGAUUACUCAGACAGAGAAAUCUUCAACACAACAACAUCUAUCGAAACACAACCACCACAUCUAUCGCUUCAAGGAAGAGAUCGUCAUCAAUCGAUCCAAUCACCUCUGAUUUCCAGUGCUGAAGAAGGAGAGACAAUCACGAAGAUGAAGUAGAAGAAGCGAAGAUUCAACUGGAUCCGGGGGAAAACCCGGUAUGUGCCACCAUCAACACCUGAGAAAGAUGAGAUGCGGAGUCGGAAGCCGAAUGCUCAUCACCAAAUUGAAAGGGAGAGCACCGGAGGCAGAAGCCGGACGACCAUCAAAGGGGCAGAUGCGACACCGGUGUCAAGACCGGUCGGUGAUACCGAAACCAGAGAAGAAACAGAACCACCGGAACACCACCGGUGAGAACAAGAAGAUUCAUCUCCUCACUUUUCCCCUGUGAAAGAUCUUAGAGAGGGAACAGAGGAAAAUGAGAGAAAAUCUUAUUUAUAUUGCAAGUUAAUCUAACUUCGGGAUAAAUCUAAAUUUCAAAAGUUUAUUCAGAGAAUCACACGAUAAUAUAUUUUAUUAAAUAAAUUUGUGGAAAAUCUCUAAUUAUCAAGCAAGUAUCAUACCCUUGCAUAUCACAUCUUUUUCGUUUUUCUAAAUUGUAAAUGUCAUAUCACAUCUAUCUUAUAAAAAUAAGAACAUUGUUUCAAACUUCAAAG